CACAGCAGCUGGGGAAAACCCUACAAAUCAGGGCUGACCCAGCCAUUGGUUCUGAGCACCUGUGGGAGCCGCUGGGAGGGCAGAGCCUCCUCUAAGAGCCCUGUGCCUUCGUCAUGCAGUCCUCCAGAUAGGCUUCAAGGAGGGCUCGAUGCUGCCCUGCCGCGAUUUGUAGCUGUGUGUUGUAGGUCCUUCCUCCUGAGUGGCCUGAUGGUGGUGUGGAGAGGCUGGUCAAUAAUCCGAAUGUCCUGACUUUAUCUGAAAGCAAUCAGGAGAAAAGCCAUGUCUCCUGCUCUGGUAGGGCUAAGCCUGAAUGCUCCCCUCCCCGGGAUAUGGGUCAGGGAUCUCAGAGGCACUGCUGGGGGGCUGCGAGGGCUGACCUUUCCCUGCUGACUUGCUUCACCCCACAGGGGGCUGCUGCUGAGAUGGGGAUUUGUCCUAGGUGCUGCAGGACACACGGAGGGAUGUGAGCUGGGAGUCUGGGCUCUGGCAGCCGGCAGAUGGAGGGGAAUCCCUGGCAAGGUGAAAAGCCCCAUUUGCAGGUGGCCUGCUCGAACACAAGAUUCACUGCUCAGUUUAUCUUCUCAGUUCUCACUUAGCAUCUCUAAUAUUCCAGGGAGUGUGUGUAACAGGUAGACAGUCUAUGGCAGGUACCUGCAAGGUGUCUGAAAACAGACAGAUUGGAUAUGGCUUAGUCCCAUCGAGGAGCUGAAUUUGGCAGCUGAUAUUAUUCCUGGUGUCUCCUUGCUGCCUUUGUUUUGGAAGCAAAUGGCUCUCUAACUGCAUUGAAUUGCCUGACUACCUUGCACGGCUGGGAUCUAAUUACCUGUGGAUCUGGGAGCCCUGUCUCUGAGCGGCACCGAGGCUUUUGCUUUUAAUGACUUGCUCUGCCGUGUUCAGUGUGACAAUGUUGGGGAGGCAGCCAGGACUGGCUAUUGGUGCCACCGUGCUCACACCGCGAUGGCUGGGAAAGUUAAUAGGAGAUGGGAUAACUUAGGCCAAGCAUCUGUGGCAUAGCACUUGGUUGAAAACAGAAUAAAUGGAUCUAGUGAAGAGCACAGCUCUCUGCCAUGUCUUGGGGAGUAAGCUGGAUCACUAGAAAAGUUACUAGAAAAAUACAGCUAGAAAGAGUGAGCUUUCACCCUGCUCUGUCAUGAUGCAGAGGCAAAGCGUGGUCAAAUUCAGCCAUUUACCCCCAGCCAGCAGCAGGGCAGCCCCCAGAAAGAGUGAAGAGUGAUUGGGAAACAGGGCACAGCCAGACUCUCCUCUCCCUCCCUGUGCCACGAGCUAUCUCUGUCCUCUUGUUAAUGUUUAAAAGGCAGGUCCGGCAACAUCCAAGUCUGUCCAAAGACCAGAUCUGGCCCUGGCUUUCCCGGGAUCCUUUUCCCUGCUGGCCGGGACAGACCACAGGACAGUGGCAGGGAGGAAGAACGCAGCUCCCUGCUGCCUGUGUAACACUAUCGGCCCCGCUGUCCCUGCAGCCAGCUCCAGCUCUGCUCCCCGCUCGCAGCGCAGCUACUCCGGGGUGAGCUCCUGGGGCCUCGCCAGCUGCUGCCCGGGCAUCUCCGUUUACACACAGCUUCUGCCAGGCGGAGCCAGGGAAAGGUAUUUUUAGGGCUGUUGAUCUGACACCAGCUGAGUUUCCUCUCCUGUGAGGUUGGGCUUCGGUGAGAGGGCAUACAGGGAGCUGCAGGGUCAGCUCUUGCUUUGGUUUGUUUUCAGUGUUUAAUUGGUCCGAGGUCAUUCUCUACCACUCUUAUCCAUGGCAGAUAUUUUUAUGCUUCUCUCCGGUGCAUGCUUAUAGUUUUACCCCAGGCAAUAGUUACCCAGCCUCUAAAAUAUUUGUUUAUUAACAAUGCACUGAGAAGCAUCUAUAUUGUUAGAGUUCAGCUUGCAGGUUGUUAGUUUUUUAAACUGAUAUUGUUAUACUUGGGAAAAAGCAGCUUUCCAUAGAUUAGAGAAACCAAGAAAGAGAACCCAAACAUGGCAGUUUAUGCAUCUGUUGGCCUUGAGAUAUGAUGCUGCCCUAUAAAUAAUUGCUUAUUAUUAGGUUGGGUCUUACUGUCUGGAGCCACAGGGUACACAGUGUCCGUAUGCCCAGCCACCCUCUGCACCAGGAAUGCUCAGUGCCUUGGGGCAGCCGGUGCCCAGGAGCACACACUGAGCAGGGAGAUGCCAUAGCACUCCUGAAUCCCCAAAGGGCAGCAGCUCUGCCUCUGGCACGGCAGGCUUGCUCCCUUGUGCUUAAUUUGGGCGCAGGAGGGGCCACUGGCUGUCCUUCAGAUCUUGGGGUUGGAACUACUGGCACACUGACACCCUCACAAUCCCGAAAUAGCCAGGUGAAGAAUGUGGGUGACACCAAACAUCUGGUUUCUUGGGUAGUCCCAGGCUUUGCCCCCAGUAGGCCACACAUGAUGAAAGGAGCCAAAUUUGAGGGGGAGACCUGGUGUUUUCUAGGCUCCCAAGGAAGAUGACACAAGUGUCCUGACGGCUUGUUGGUAAGGGACUCUUUAUUAUCCUGGGUGAAGAAUUGGUUUAAUUCUUAAGUCUCUGGUUUCUGAUGGAAAAGGGUCCUGAGCCACAAGUGUGAACUCACAAGGGCACAAAUAUGCACAGAUCAUUUCUUUUCAAGUGGGAGUGAUUCCUGAGAAAGCAAGGAGCAAAGCUGGGAAGGACAAGUGUGCAUUUUGGGAGACAUGGGAACUGCAUAGACCUCCUCAGGGAAAAGAAGUUCUGCUCUUGAAGGAUAUUUGCAUUUUCCUGCCAGGAGAAGCAAACCUAAUCAUGGUAAAAGGGCUGGUGUGGGUGAGGGACACCCUGGAAAAACCCUGGGGAGGAGAUAAACCUCGCAGGAGAUGAGUAAUGCCACACGUGCUGUGCCCUCUCCCAUGGCACCUGGCACACCAGGGCCUGGCACAGCAGCCACAGUGGCCUCAGCCCCCCCAUUCUCAGCUGUUGCCCUGCUUACGGCUGCCCACAACAACUCCCAGGAUGGCCAGCAGCUUUUCCUGACCACGACAGCAGCACAGGUCAUCUCUGGCAUCUUCGUAUGGUCAGCACUCAUCGUCACCUUCCACCAGAUCUACACACACCUGAGGAAUUACACCAUCCCCAAGGAGCAGCGCUACAUCAUCCGCAUCCUCUUUAUCGUGCCUGUCUAUGCCUUUGACUCCUGGCUCAGCCUCCUCCUCCUCGGCAGCCACCAGUACUACGUCUACUUCGACUCAGUGCGUGACUGCUAUGAAGCUUUUGUGAUUUACAGCUUCCUGAGCCUGUGCUUUGAGUACCUCGGAGGGGAGAGCACCAUCAUGACAGAGAUCCGAGGGAAGCCCAUUGCGUCCAGCUGCUUUUAUGGGACCUGCUGCCUUCAGGGCAUGUCCUAUUCCAUCGGGUUCCUGCGCUUCUGCAAGCAGGCCACACUGCAGUUCUGCAUUGUGAAACCCCUCAUGGCAAUUAUCACCAUCAUCCUGCAGGCGUUUGGGAAGUACCACGAUGGAGACUUCAAUGUCCACAGUGGAUACCUCUACAUCACCAUCAUCUACAACUUCUCUGUCAGCCUGGCCCUUUAUGCCCUUUUCCUCUUCUACUUUGCCACCAUGGACCUGCUACGCCCGUUUAAGCCAGUCCUCAAGUUCAUCACCAUCAAGGCCGUCAUCUUCCUCUCCUUCUGGCAAGGGACACUGCUGGCAAUCCUGGAGAAAUGUGGGGUGAUCCCUGAAGUUCAGAUCAUCGAUGGGAAGGAGGUGGGAGCUGGGACAGUGGCUGCUGGCUACCAGAACUUCAUCAUCUGUAUUGAAAUGUUCUUCGCUUCUAUUGCCCUGCGCUACGCAUUCACCUGCCAGGUGUACAGGGAGAAGAAAGAAAACUCAACAGCAAACCUUGCCCCGAUGCAGAGCAUCUCGAGUGGGCUGAAGGAGACCAUCAGCCCCCAGGACAUCGUGCAGGAUGCCAUCCACAACUUCUCACCCGCCUACCAGCAGUACACCCAGCAGUCAAUGCAGGAGGCAGAGCACAAAGCGCCAGGGGAGAAUGGGCAUGUGGCCUCCAAGAUAGAUGGACAGAGCAGCAGGAAGAGCAAAAACAUUGAAAAGAGAAUGCUAAUCCUGUCAGAUGAAGAGUUGUAGGAGGUAUCAGAAGAAACA